AGACCGCAUUCAGCAAAUCCGCAAAAGUCUCCAACGCCAAUUUAUGUCGCGGUCGACUUGCGCUUGACUGUCAUCUUGGCGAGGGGUCGGCAUUGACCCCGCCUGAGGGUCUGGACGGGCUCAGAUGGAGCAUGGCCUAGCGUCGGCGGAGGCUACAGGUAUAUCAAGGGGACAACCUCCUUGCCUCACAGCUGGUCAGUGAGACUCUCAAGUCCAGGUGCAGACAACCUCUUCGUCCUCACCUUCGCCGACCACAUUACCCCACCGCUUGCACCAAUUGCUAGCAUGGUCGUGCCAACCUCCAUCACCGUCUCCCUCCGGGACAUCGCCAAACUCAUCGACCACUCCCUCUUGCACCCGACCAUGACAGACGCCGAGGUCGACGCGGGGCUCGAAAUCGCAAAGAAAUACAACGUCGCGGCGGCAUGCAUCAAACCGUACAGCAUCCCCGCGGCGCGCAAGGCACUUGCUGGCACCGACGUAGCCAUCUGCGCGGUGAUCGGCUUCCCGCACGGCAACUCAACAACCUCCAUCAAAGUCGCCGAGGCCACCGAGGCCAUGCAGGCUGGGGCGCACGAGAUCGACAUGGUCGUCAACGUGGGCAAGGUGCUGGGCGGCGACUGGGCGUACGUGCGGGAAGAGAUCGGCGCCAUCAACGGCGCCGUGACCGGCCUCGGGGGGAUUCUAAAGGUCAUUUUUGAGAAUGACUAUCUUCGGGAGGAGCAUAUAGUCAAGCUGUGCCACAUCUGCACUGAACUUGGUGUUGCAUACGUCAAGACGUCGACUGGGUACGGGUUUGUCAAGCGGGAGAAUGGCAUGUACUCGUACAAGGGCGCGACCGUGCCGCAUCUGAAGUUGAUGCGGGAGAACUGCGGGCCGAAUGUCAAGAUCAAGGCCGCGGGGGGAGUGAGGACCUUGGAUGAGUUUCUCUACGUCAUGACGUUGGGUGUCUCGCGGGUCGGCGCUUCGGCCACUGUGGCUAUCAUGGAGGAGGCUAAGAAGAGGGGGAUCACGGAGACCCCGGCGGAGGUCCCGGUUAAGGCUAUCGCAGAUACACAAGGCGGGGCGUACUGAGUGGCGGGCUUGUAAUGCACCGUGAGGUAGUUCGUCAAGGUGGAAAGGGGGCAAUCAUGUU